AAACUUAUUAAAUAGAGUAUCUGUACUGUCUUGCCAGACAGAAUUAGAAGUGAAUAAAAAUGGCAUUGAAUCCUGGUGCGGUUGAAAAUCAAUGGGAGGACGUUGUGAUAAGCAAACGAAAACCAGCCGAUACGAAGUCGACAAAGGCUGUCAACGCAGCCAUGCGAACUGGGAUGGAAGUUGCUACUGAAAAAAAAUACGGCGGAGGUUCGAACGCUCAGCACGCAACCUCGAAAAACACAGCUAAGCUAGACAGGGAAACUGAAGAGUUGAAAGUGGACAAAGUGCCUCUAACCGUUGCAAAGGCCAUUCAACAGGCGAGGGCUGCAAAGGAGUGGUCUCAGAAAGACCUAGCCACGAAAGUAAACGAGAAGCAAUCGGUCAUCAAUGAAUACGAAUCAUGCAAAGCGGUGCCCAAUCAACAAGUGCUUGGAAAAUUGGAAAGGACUCUAGGUGUGAAAUUGCGAGGGAAGGACAUUGGACAACCUCUGCACAAGAAGUGAUGUUACUAUUGUGCUAAUGAAACUUCGAGUGACAAAUGCGACUAAGCUGUGCUCCGUAGGAAACUCAGAAACUUGCAUCGGUGUGUGAAAUACAGCCUGGUCUGAUGAAAUUAGCAUUUUGUUGGAUGUGACGAUUUGAAUCAUUAACCAUCAUGAUAUUUUUGGAAUUUCAUUGGAGAGGCUCGUAUGAACAGUGUUUAAACCUGUAGAUAAAGUACUGUUUAAACGCUGUAAUUACUUAGUUACUUCCAUUUGUGGAUAUUAUAUGCUUUAUUUCUUCAGUUCAUAAUCAAAUAGCUCUUGUUUUUGUAUGCUAUUCACAUAGGGACUGCUCAAAUAAAAGGUCGGAAUAUGGCCUGUUGUUUCUUCAA